AGGGCCGUCGUCCCCUCGCUACUGACCUCCAGCCUCCCCUGCUCUUCCCUGCAGAGGCUGCCCUCUCCAGCCCAGCCUCCCCUGCAGAGGCUGCAACCUCCAGGCUCCUCGGCCCCCCAGCAGAGCCAUGGGGAACCACGGGUCCAAUCUGGAUGAUAUCCUGGCCGAGGACAUGCAUCACUGGUACAACAUGUUCAUGAGGGAGUCUCCAUCCGGCCUCAUCACUCUGUUUGAGCUGAAGGCCAUCCUGGGGCUGCAGGGCAUGACCGAGAACGCCAACAGCUACGUGGACCAGGUGUUCUUUACCUUCGACAUGGACGGGGAUGGGUACAUAGACUUUGUGGAGUACAUCGCUGCCGUCAGUCUGAUGCUGAAAGGAGAAAUCAACCAGAAAUUAAAGUGGUACUUCAAACUUUUCGACCAAGACGGGAACGGAAAGAUUGACAAAGAUGAACUGGAAACAAUCUUCACGGCGGUUCAGGACAUCACACGUAACCAUGACGUCACCCCUGAGGAGAUCGUGUCGCUCAUAUUCACGAGGAUCGACGUGAACGGAGAAGGUGAGCUGACUCUGGAGGAGUUCAUAGAGGGAGCGAAGGGACACCCUGACAUCAUGGAAAUGCUGAAGAAGAUGAUGGACCUGACUCCUGUGCUCAUCAUCAUCGUGGAGGGACGCCAGGCGGGAUAAGAGGGUGCGCUGGCAGGAGUGUGGGACACUGAAGAAAAACGUCCUGAACAUUAACCCUUUAAAGACUAAUUUUGAGAUUACCCCAUGAAGAACCAGAGGAGGCGUAAUACAAGAAGCAGCCAAGCAAACUAUGUGGAGACAGCUGGGGAGACACACCUGGGA